ACAUGUUUGCCAUUCCAGUUGACGGGAAAACGGCUUAGUGACGGACCGUUGCAACGUGACACUGACCUCGAUUCAUUUAUUUAAAAAAAGGAUUUUUCUUUGUGCAUUGACCGGAUAUCGAAAUCAAGAUGUUUUACACGUGUGGACCCAAUGAAGCCAUGGUGGUGUCAGGCUUUGGCCGUUCUCCUCCUCUAAUGAUUGCUGGAGGAAGAGUGUUUGUCCUCCCAUGUAUUCAGAAGAUCCAGAGAAUUGCCCUCAACACCCUGACUCUAAACGUGAAGAGUGACCGAGUCUAUACCCGUCAUGGGGUCCCUAUCUCUGUCACUGGCAUUGCACAGGUGAAGAUCCAGGGCCAGAACAAAGAGAUGUUGGCCACUGCCUGCCAAAUGUUUAUGGGCAAGUCCGAGGCUGAGAUUUCCACAAUUGCACUAGAAACAUUGGAGGGACACCAGAGAGCCAUCAUUGCCCAUUUGACAGUGGAGGAGAUCUAUAAGGACCGUAAGAAGUUCUCUGAGCAGGUCUUUAAGGUGGCCUCCUCUGACCUGGUCAACAUGGGAAUUGGUGUCGUCAGCUACACGCUCAAAGAUGUUCAUGAUGAUCAGGACUACCUUCACUCUCUGGGUAAAGCCAGGACAGCCCAGGUGCAGAAGGAUGCCAGGAUUGGGGAGGCUCAGUACAAACGUGAUUCUGUCAUGAGGGAGGCUCACGCGAUGCAGGAGAAGGUAUCGGCUCAGUACAAGAAUGAGAUUGAGAUGGCAAAAGCCCAGAGGGACUACGAGCUGAAAAAAGCCGUCUAUGAUGUUGAGGUCAACACAAAGAAGGCCGAGUCCGAAAUGGCCUAUCAGCUUCAGGUGGCCAAGACCAAGCAGCGCAUUGAGGAGGAGAAGAUGCAGAUUCAGGUGGUGGAGCGUACCCAGCAGAUUACACUGCAGGAGCAGGAGAUCAUCCGUAAGGAGAAGGAGCUGGAGGCCAAAGUUAAGAAGCCGGCAGAAGCAGAGAAAUACCGCAUGGAGAGGCUGGCUGAGGCGCACCGCCUGCAGCUCAUCAUGGAGGCCGAGGCCGAGGCCGAGAGCAUCAAAAUGAAGGGCGAGGCCGAGGCCUUUGCCGUGGAGGCUAAGGGCCGCGCUGAGGCGGAGCAGAUGUCCAAGAAAGCAGAAGCCUUCCAGCAGUACAAAGAUGGCGCCAUGGUGGACAUGCUGCUGGAGAAACUGCCACUGAUCGCAGAGGCGAUCAGCAAGCCGCUGUGUGAGACCAAGAAGAUCACCAUGGUGUCCUGCGGUGGCUCCGAGGUGGGAGCGGCCAAACUCACCGGGGAGGUGCUCGAUAUCAUGACCCGGCUGCCUGCCGCUGUGGAGAAACUCACCGGAGUCCGCAUCUCCCAGCAGAUCGUAGGGGCGGCCGGCCUCGCGCGUUAAGAAGAGACCGAGAGGAGAAGUAAUCAGGCGAGGAGCUUCCCGCCUCCUCCGCGUGCCUCGAACCACUGCAGAGCGUCGUCUUGUCGUCUCUGAGCAUGCAUGUUCCACCUGUUGCUCUGGCUCCUCCUCCAUCUUAGCGGGAGUUCUCGUUUCUUAUGUCCCUGAGCUGUUGUGCUUUCUGCUUUAAUUGACAGCGACAGUAGCUGCAAGGGAUAUAAUAAUGAAUUAAGAUAUUUGUUUUUACCUGGACACAAAACAACCCAAGGAGGACUUCCUGUCUUUUCUGUUUUAUACGUGACCUGAAGUCUGCAAUUUCUUGUCAAAUCUAAACCAACCAGCCUCAUUUCCUCUGCAUAGGGACUUUAUUAACCGACUGUACUUCAUCUUUUUCCCUUUUAAUGUAGACAAUGUCAGCUGUAGUUUUGUGUGUGUUUGCCUGAGUUAAUUAAAUGUACCACAGCAUCACCUCAUAGUUGUGUGGGUGAACUGUUGCCUAGCUCCACGUCUGCUUGCGUUGUCCACUCGUCCGUCGUGAGGUCAACGGUUGGUAUUGAUAGUGUAACUCCACGUCUCUUUUGUAGUUGCUGGGCCCAAAAUCACACCAGUGGAAAUAUUUGAUGUUUCAGAAUGAAGGGGAAGGAAGUGGUUGAUGGGAUCGAGUUGCUGGGUUCCUAGUGAAAGAAGUGAAAGUCUGUUGUGGUGGAGACACACAGUGGACGUUGCCGCCGCGUGUCCAGGAGUCUGGCCUCCUGCUCCCGGGACAGGAGGAGCUCGCAUGGUCUGCUGCUUCGAUGUGCUUGCUGUCUGACACGUGGGAGAUAGUUUCUUUUAUAGAGUGUUUUCUAAGAUGUCAUUGAGUAUUAUAGAUGUUGACACAUUUAGCCCUCGCCUGUUAGGCGAGUAAUAGUUCAGGGUCCCUGAUCAGGAGAUCUUAUUUUCAGACUAACAGCUUUGCAGCUGCCAAGCCAUAUGCAUUUUGUUAUCGCCAAGUGCCUGGUCAAACCACAACUGUCAAGACGAGUUUACUUCCUUAGAUUAAGCUUAUUACACUUUUUCUGUCAGGGAAAGCUGAUGGUCACUAACGACGGCCGUAGAUAAAAGCCAAAUCCGUCUCUACUUUAGUUUCUCCUCGCGACUAAUCUCUUAUUACCCUUAAAAUGUGUUGUUGCAUGUCUGUACUUUAAGUUGACACAUGAUAUAGCUUUAAAGUAGUGUACAAUAUUUAUCUAUAGUGAAAUGUUCCAACAAUAAAGUGAUGCUUUAAUCAAUGUAA